AUGUCAGAUUAUUUGCAGCUCUCUGAUUGGUCCCCGACUGUUCUAACAACUUUGUACGAAACAUCAAUGUUCAACACAAAGGUUAGCCCCGCCCCUUCACACACCUUCGUCCAAUCACCAAGCAUCUCCCAUGAGGCGGAGCGGCACAACUUCAUGAACUUGUUGGACGACUCCAGCUGUCAAUCACUCAGCUCUGCUUAUUCCUCUUUAUAUGGUCAUCCUGCUGUGUCUCCACCCCCUACACCUGGAUGGAACAGUUACUAUGGCAACUGUUACCCCUCGCCAUCCUCCUUCUCUAAUGAUUGGUCGUUACCUGAAAGUCUGUCGUGGGGGCGGGGCCAAGCACCAGAGCAGAGAGUGUGUGUGAGCUGUGGGACGAGCAGAGCCCCCCUGUGGAGACGAGACGCUGCAGGUCGUCACCUGUGUAACACCUGCGGCCUCCGACAGAAACCCAACAACAAACCACUGCUGAGGCCGAAGAGGAGAGCUAUUAUGAAUCAGAGAAAAGGAACUCAGUGUGUGAACUGUUUGACUGAAACUACAACGCUGUGGAGGAGGAACUCUGCAGGAGAACCGGUGUGCAACGCCUGCGGCCUUUACUACAAACUACACCAGGUCAACAGGCCGCUGGCGAUGAAGAAAGACGGAAUCCAAACCAGAAACCGUAAAGUGACCAAUAAGAAUAAGAGGAGCAGGAAAUUCGACCAAUCAGAUACUAGGCUGCCCUUUCUGGUCCCGCCCACCACCAUUCAAACAGCUGCCCUCUGACCUCGUCCUGACUGAGUUUCUGAAUGGGACUUUCUGCAUUGUUUACUUUGAACAAGUUACAUGUUUUUAAUAAACCUCUUAC